AUGUCAAUGGCGUUGUCGUUCUUGCUUCCAGCGCUGCUGCUAGCGGCGUUGCCAACCAUCCCGAUCGCCGGUCAGACCUUGAAGCCAAGCUGUCAGGCGAGCUGCCGCGGCGUCGACAUCCCCUACCCCUUCGGUAUCGGCCCCGGCUGCUUCCGCGAGGGCUUCGAGAUCACCUGCAACGACGACGGCGGCGGCAGCCCCGUCCUGCCGCUUCUUGCCAACACGACCAUCAAGGUCGUGCACCUCUCCAUCGAUACCGCCGAGCUGCAGGUAAUGCUUCCCAUCGGGUUCCAGUGCUACAGCUCCCGCCAGGAUGGCGCCCACGUCUCCAGCUACGGCGGAUUGUGGGGGAUGCACGGCGACGGCGUGUACCGCAUCUCCAACACGCGGAACAUGUUCGUCGUCCUCGGGUGCAUGACCAUGGGCAUGGCGUCAAGCAGGCGCAUCGCCGAGCCAGGUAGCGGGGGCCCCUGGACAAGCCUAUACGGCUUCCACACAGGCUGCAUGUCCUACUGCAAUGGCCCCGCGAGCAUGCGGGACGGCGUGUGCGCCGGCGUCGGGUGCUGCCACGUCGACAUCCCGCCGGGGCUCACUGACGGUCUGUUUAGGUUCGACGAUCUGAACCACUCCAAGGUGGUUGACUACAGCCCAUGCGACUUCGCCUUCCUCGUCGACAAGACCAAUUACACCUUCCGGCGGUCGGAUCUAUUAAAGCCGAUCAGAGAUGUAGUGGAUUGGACCGUGCCGGUGUGGCUGGACUGGGCUAUCCGCGACUACGGGAGCGUCCCCGCUGCAUCCUGUGCCGACGCGGCCAAGUCAACAGCCGCGGAGUACGCCUGCAAGAGCUCUCUCGGUGUGUGCGUCAUGAGCUCCACCAAUGGGACUGGCUACACCUGCAAGUGCGGCAAUGGCUACGAGGGCAACGCCUACCUUCCCGAAGGAUGUACUGAUAUCAAUGAAUGUGAUUUUCCGGAUAAGUAUCAUUGUGACGGCAAUUGCGAAAACAUACCAGGAGAUUACAAAUGCAGAUGUCGACCAGGUUAUCAGAGCGACGACCCAAAAAGUAUUCCCUGCAUUCCAAGGUUCCCCCUUGCAGCACAGGUUGCCAUAGGCACCAUCUUGAGUCUGUCAUUCCUGGCUAUUGCCCUACUUAUGACACUCCUAAUGCUGCAAAAGAAGAGAAUGAGAGAAUAUUUCAAGAAGAAUGGGGGCUUGAUACUGAAAAAUGUGGAAACCUUACAGAUUUUCACGAAGGAGGAAAUAAAUAAAAUCACACAUAACCAUUCAGAGUUUCUUGGCAAAGGGGCCUUUGGUGAAGUCUAUAAAGGAUAUCUUCCUGAUGAUGCCAUGGUAGCAGUCAAGUCCUUUAUCCAGGUGAAGGAAACUACAAUGGAAGAAUUUACCAAGGAAGUAUUGAUCCAAUCGAAGAUGAUUCACAAGAAUAUUCUCAAGCUCUACGGUUGUUGCUUGGAGGUGGAUGUUCCAAUGCUAGUGUAUGAGUUUGCUGCUAAAGGGAGUCUGGGAGACAUUCUCCAUCUCAAUGAAAACCAAAAACUCCCCAUAGACUUGCGUUUGGAUAUUGCUAUUGGAUCUGCAGAGGGGUUGAAAUACAUGCACUUGUACGCAUCUCAAUCCAUACGACAUGGUGAUGUCAAACCGGACAACAUACUUCUAGAUGGUGAGUUAGUACCAAAGAUCUCAGACUUUGGCUUAUCAAAAAUGCUUAAAGUCGAUGAAUAUUUCACCAAGAUUGUGGUUGGGUGCAUGGGUUACAUAGAUCCCGUCUUCAUCAAAACCGGCCUCUUAACACAAAAGAGUGAUGUUUACAGCUUUGGAGUCGUUCUAUUGGAACUUAUUACCAGGAGAAAAAUUGUAUACGAUGAAAAUUGUAGCCUCAUCAUGGAGUUCCGCAAAGUUUAUGUGAAAGAUAAGAGUGGAAGGGCAAUGUUUGAUAAGGAGAUUGUAACUGAAGAAGAUAUCUUGGUCGUAGAAGAAAUCGGGAAACUAGCAAUUGAAUGUCUCGAGGAAGAUGUAGAAGACCGGCCAGAUAUGGGGGAGGUAGCACAAAGACUCGUGAUGCUUAGGAGAAACAAGAAGCAUGGUAAAGCACGUCCACAUCCCUUCCAGGCUAAUCAGUAUGAUAAAUGGUACGGCCAACAAGAAUGUACUGACCUCAACGGAAAUGACGAGGCCGCGUUUUUAUUUGCUAAUCCAUAG